UUACAGGCUAUAUCAUUCCAUUUCCUUUUCACUAUUAAGAAAAGUUGGGUUCUUUGACUACUGAGUGAACAUGAAGACAGUAAUUUCCAUCUUCAUUUUCAUUUAUAUUACUUGCUUUUUGGUUAAUUCACUUGACAGAAUGGAAAUAAGCCAAAAAACUUGUGAAUUAGAUACGGAAAUGAAAAUCGAAUAUAUAAACUGCAUAGAAAGAACCAUGAGUGAAGAAGCCAUCGAUGCUGCAAACAAUUAUAUGGAAUGUCUUGGUUUAUCUUCGCGACUGGAUUAUUUAGAAGAGAUUUGUACGAUUUAUGCCGGAGAAGAAAAAGAUGAUCUCUACGAAAGAUAUAGCAAAUGUUACGAUGAAGAACUGUUUACAAAAUAUCCCAUCACUACUGAGAACAUGAGGACAUGCUUCGAAAAGAUAACAAUUGGACCAAUGGAAUAAACAAAAUGAUCGGGACUUUCGCGAAAUUUGGAUUAUUUGUUUUGUGUUAAAAGAUAUCAGAUUUGAAUAUAAUUAAAAUUUUUCUUCAGUUUAAAUAUAAGCCUAUAUUAAAUGAAAUUUUUAACAUAAAUAUCUGUAAAACAUAUUUUAGCAUUAAAAGAAAGUUUCGUAAGCAAAUAAACGAUGUAGAUUCUCAUUAAAUCUAACAAUUAAUUUAAUUAGCAUUUAAGGUAUUGCGCUCCUAACCGAUAU